AAGGCGUGCGGGAGCGGGGCCCAGGAGGCGGGGCCGGGCGGGGCUUGCGCCGGGGCGGACAGGCGCGGCGCUGAGUCCCGUUAGAAGUAGCGCGGAUCCCGCGGAGAGCCCCACCGGCGCAGGAGGAGCGACCUGCCGUGCCCAGUCCGCAGGGAAGAUGCCGAAAACGAUCAGUGUGCGUGUUACUACUAUGGAUGCUGAGCUGGAGUUUGCCAUCCAGCCCAACACUACAGGGAAGCAACUCUUCGAUCAGGUCGUCAAGACAAUUGGUCUAAGAGAGGUCUGGUUUUUUGGACUUCAGUAUCAGGACACCAAGGGCUUCUCAACAUGGCUGAAAUUGAACAAAAAGGUAACAGCACAGGAUGUACGCAAAGAAAGCCCCCUGCUUUUCAAAUUCCGUGCCAAGUUCUACCCAGAGGAUGUGGCAGAAGAGCUGAUCCAGGACAUCACACAGCGCCUUUUCUUCCUCCAAGUGAAGGAGGCAAUUCUGAAUGAUGACAUUUAUUGCCCUCCAGAAACAGCUGUCCUUCUGGCUUCUUAUGCUGUCCAGUCAAAAUAUGGAGACUUCAACAAAGAGGUGCACAAGUCUGGCUACCUUGCUAGUGACAAACUGCUCCCACAGAGAGUUCUGGAGCAGCACAAGCUUAACAAGGACCAAUGGGAAGAGAGGAUCCAGGUGUGGCAUGAGGAGCAUCGAGGAAUGAUUAGAGAAGAUGCCGUCUUGGAGUACCUGAAAAUUGCACAGGAUCUGGAAAUGUAUGGUGUGAACUACUUCAGCAUUAAGAACAAGAAGGGCUCUGAACUCUGGCUAGGUGUAGAUGCUCUUGGACUCAACAUUUACGAGCAGAAUGACAGGCUGACACCGAAAAUUGGAUUCCCUUGGAGCGAGAUCAGAAAUAUCUCAUUCAAUGACAAGAAAUUUGUUAUCAAGCCUAUUGACAAGAAAGCACCAGACUUUGUAUUCUAUGCCCCUCGGUUACGGAUUAACAAACGAAUCUUGGCACUUUGUAUGGGGAACCAUGAGCUCUACAUGCGCAGACGUAAACCAGAUACCAUUGAGGUGCAGCAGAUGAAAGCACAGGCUCGGGAAGAGAAGCAUCAGAAACAGAUGGAGAGAGCCCUGCUGGAGAAUGAGAAGAAGAAGAGGGAGUUGGCAGAAAAAGAGAAGGAAAAGAUUGAACGUGAGAAGGAAGAGCUAAUGGAGAGACUCAAGCAAAUUGAGGAACAAACCAAGAAAGCUCAGCAAGAACUGGAAGAACAAACCCGCAGAGCUAUGGAGCUGGAACAGGAGAGAAAACGAGCUCAGGAGGAAGCAGAGAAACUGGCUAAAGAACGUAGAGAAGCAGAAGAGGCAAAGGAGGCCCUAUUGAAAGCAUCCCACGAUCAACAAAAGACCCAGGAACAGUUGGCUGCUGAGAUGGCAGAACUCACAGCUAGGAUCACACAGCUGGAGCUGGCCAGGCAGAAGAAAGAGAGUGAGGCCCAAGAAUGGCAACAGAAGGCACAGAUGGUGCAGGAGGACCUAGAAAAGACCAAAGAGGAGUUGAAGACUGCCAUGAGCACCCCUCACGUCACUGAGCCCAUGCAUUCUGAGAAUGAGCAUGAUGACGAGCAGGAUGAGAAUGCGGCAGAAGCCAGUGCUGAGCUACGGUCAGAGGCCACCAUCAAGGAUCGCAGUGAGGAACAACGCACCACUGAAGCGGAGAAGAACGAACGGGUCCAGAAACACUUGAAGGCUCUUUCCUCAGAGCUGGCAAAUGCUCGGGAUGAAACCAAGAAGACAGCCAAUGAUAUGAUCCACGCUGAGAACAUGCGUCUAGGCCGAGACAAGUACAAGACCCUCCGUCAGAUUCGGCAGGGCAACACCAAGCAGCGCAUCGAUGAGUUUGAGUCCAUGUAAACUCUCCCCUGCACCUGCUGCCCUGCACUCUCUUCUCCUCUCUUUCCCAUCCUCUCCCAUCAUUCACUCGUAAUCGUGCUACGCUGGAACCACUACAGAAGAGUGACCAUGGUCUUAUUUAUCGAGUUUUGGGCAAAUGCUGGAGUUAAGCAACAGAAGAAAGAAUAGUAUUUACAUCUUCCUGGGGUGGCUUGUUAAAGCAAACAUGUAUUGGGGCAAAUCUGAAAUUGCUUGGCUUUGGGUGAAGUCUCACUGUGUGUAGUUUUGCAUUCCUUACUGAAGUGGCUGUGUUGUUGUCCUCUCCCAUUGGGUGAGGAGGACAGCAGAUGCUUUUACUGAAUUAUGUACAGUAAAGUGCUAAGUUUGACACUGUGCCUUCCUGCUAACUUGUGCAAGCUUCAGUAUUAAGCUUAGUAGCCAGGGUCUGAAUUUCUGACGAUACAGGGUCUGAAUCAUGUAGUUGAGAAGGGGAGGCUGGAGCUUAGGAAGAAGGGUUGGAGGUAAAAUAUGGACUUUCUAAAAGACCAAAGCUUUUGUCCUUCAAACAUAAGCAGACCAAACAGAUUCUGUGGCGUUCCUGCUAGUGUUACCUUUUGUUGUUUAAUGAUGGAACUUUGAGUUCCUAAUCAUGCAGAGGCCUUUGGAGUAUUUCCACUGAUGCAGUGUGGUUUGGAGCCUCGAAUUCCCUGCUUUCCAGAAGUUUUGUCUCUGGUAAAUGGCUUUGUUCACUGUCAUUUGUCUGACUUGAAUGUAACCAGUGAGGCAGAGAUAGCUAAAAACCACUGCUGCCUUUUUUGGGUUUGCCAAUGGAAACCUAAAGGGCUAGGUAAAAAAGGACUAAAGACUAAAAAUUUUUGUAGCUGUGUUUUCCCUUGCUGAACCAGGAUAUUUCUAGUCAUCUGAAUAGGAUUUCAGAUUUUUCCAUAAGAGGCCUAUUUAGCACAUAGUCAUUGGUGCCUUAUGACUGUGUAUAGAUCUACUGUAGUUCAGAUGUCUUUAGUUUAAACUAGAUGCAAUCAUAAAAAGUGAUCAGCAGCUGGGGACCAAACAAUACUCUUACCUGGGUCAUGUACAAGACUAUAUCUGUCUUCCUGGCUUCAAGCAGCAUUUGAGGGUAGAGGAUCCUGAGAUACUUGUCCAAUUGCUGCCUUAAUCCUCACUAGCAUUCUGCCAGAUCCCUGGAUCAAGUGCUUUUCCUUCCCCAGAAGGAUGCUUUGCCCCUCUGUAGCUUUGAGAACAGAAGGCUUUGUCUCUUAGAAGUGGGAUACUAGUGGCUGUGAGACUGGUCCCAAGAGCCAUUUUUUACCAGUUGUUGUAAUACCCAUCACCUCCUGUCUUCCAAGCUAUCCAUGCUGUAGCUAGCCAGAAUCCUUCCUGCCAUUUCUGGGGAGGAAACAGCCAUGUACGCUCAGGGUUGAAUUGGAUUUUGCCUUGAUCCUUCAUAGAAGGAAAUGUAAACCUUCAGAAGAGGCCUCUCAAAAAUGGAUUCCACCUACAAUGGAGUCCUCCUUUGUUUUGCCCUCCUUGGAUUAGCCUGUCUCCAUAGGAAGUCAUCAGGCUAGCCUGUGACUUAUUUUCUUGCCUAGCAUGAUCCUAAAUCUUGUGACUUUCUCAGUUUUGUGGAUUCCCCCUUUGUAUGGUAUCACCGCUAGUGGUGAUAGAAGGAAAAGAUCUGAAUGUUAGAGCAUUUUCAGCCACUUGCUCUAUGGGAAAGGUAAAGGGGGACUGUGC